AUGACAAAGAAAGUGGCCUAUCCUGAAGCGGCGGACGUUGCCAAGGGAGUGAGUGAACUCUUGGGAGCGAAUGAGGAUGUGGGCUAUCAUCGAUCGCUUGGCCAUCGUCAGAUCAUGAUGAUGACCUUCGGGGCUGGCAUUGGUACUGGCUUAUGGGUUGGGACAGGUACUGCGUUGAAGUAUGCUGGCCCUGGUGGUAUCGCCGUUGCAUACACAAUCACUGCGUUCAUUGUGUACCUGCAAUAUACUUCAAUUGGAGAAAUGACAACAUUUAAACCGGUCCACGGUGGAUUCAUCAGACAGUGCAUCGAGUACGUGGAGCCCGCGUUCGGAUUUGCGGUCGGGAUCAACUUCUGGUUCUCGUGGGUGAUUUGUAUUCCUGCGGAGAUCACAGCAGCUGUAUCCGUCCUUGAGUUCUGGCCGCAAACAGAAGUCAUCCCUCUUGCAGCUUAUAUAACCAUAUUCCUGGUGGUCAUUGCCGCCGCUAAUUGCUUUGGCGUUCGCAUUUACGGACAUGUAGAGUAUGUCAUGUCAUUUAUCAAGUGCCUUGCUAUCAUCCUGAUGAUCUUCUUCAUGAUCAUCAUGACUUCGGGUGGCAUCCCGGCUACGCAUGGCGCGAUCGAAUUCCGCUACUGGCGCAAUCCCGGUGCGUUUAAGAACGGCAUCAAGGGGAUUUCAAAGGCGUUCGUACAGGCACUCUUCAGCUUCGGAGGGGCGGAACAUAUCGCAGUCAUUGCUGGCGAAGCCAAGGAUCCUCGCCCAACCAUCAAAAAGACUGUUUAUCCAGUCUUCUGGCGCAUGUUUUCAUUCUUCGUCGUCAAUAUUUGGCUUGUGGGCAUGUGUGUUCCUUAUGAUGACGAUAACCUCAUCAACGGGAGUGGUACUCUAGGGAGCCCAUUCGUGAUUGCUAUCGAGCGUGCGGGCGUGAUGUGGCUGGCACAUGCUAUCAACGGCUUCAUCUUUCUGACGGUCAUCAGCUGUGGGAUCACCAGUGCAUACAUUGCCAGCCGCAGUCUUGCAGCAUUGUCAGACAUGGCGAUUAUACAUCCGUUCUUCGGCCGCAAAGACUCUGCAGGGAGGCCGUAUGUCUCUCUGGCCAUUAGUCUUGCUCUCGGAGGGGGCCUCUGCUAUCUGAAUUGCAACGAUACGGGGGCUGUCGUGUACGGCUGGUUUUCGUCCCUGGUGUCCGUUUCCGCCUUGUUCCAGUGGUCCAGUAUCUUCAUCUCGCAUAUACAAUUCCGACGUGGCCUCGCCGCGCAGGGCCUCAGCACCGGGGCCCUCCCCUUUCGAGACCGCACAGCGCCCUACGCGCAGUAUUUUGGCCUGGUCGUGAUUCUCUUCAUUGCAGGCUGUGAAUUCUACCUGGCGUGCUUUCCCUUUGGCGAAAAGGGAUCCGCGACGUCUUGGUUUUCUUCUUACAUAGCUGCCCCACUGUUUUUCCUGGAUUACUUCGGCUACAAGAUUUACUACCGAUCGAAGCUGGUCGCACCGGCAGACAUGGAUUUCACGGUGGCUCUUGCGUUUGACGAAGAGGACCGAGCCAGGGCGGCUGUUGGCUACGAAACACAGAGUCGGGCAGACAACAAGAUUGUCCAGCAUAUCAAGGGUCUGGUUCUUGGCUAGACUGGCUGCUCUGGGGUAGAUAUUCAACUCCUGCCAAAGCGUGGGCUUGUAGAGGCCACCGGAUAGAGAAU